AUUCCCGGCUCCAGAGCCCCUAGUCGCGGCAGCGGCGGCGCAGCCUUUCCCACCGCGGAUCCCCGGUGCUCAUGGGGCAGGCGGAGACAAGCUUGCAGCACUGAGCCGAACCUGACCAGUCCGUGAUGUCCAGCAUCAAAUUGGAGGAUUCCCUCCCUCGUCGCAACUGGUCAUCUGCCUCGGAGCUGAAUGAAACUCAAGAGCCGUUUUUAAACCCCACGGACUAUGACGACGAGGAAUUCCUACGGUACCUGUGGAGGGAAUACCUACACCCGAAAGAAUAUGAGUGGGUCCUGAUCGCAGGGUAUAUCAUCGUGUUCGUGGUGGCUCUCAUCGGGAACGUGCUGGUCUGUGUGGCAGUGUGGAAGAACCACCACAUGAGGACAGUCACCAACUACUUCAUAGUCAACCUUUCCCUGGCAGACGUGCUUGUGACCAUCACCUGCCUUCCAGCCACUCUCGUUGUUGAUAUCACUGAGACCUGGUUCUUUGGACAGUCCCUCUGUAAGGUCAUUCCUUAUUUACAGACUGUGUCAGUGUCUGUGUCUGUUCUUACAUUGAGCUGCAUUGCCUUGGACCGAUGGUACGCCAUUUGCCACCCUUUGAUGUUCAAGAGCACAGCCAAACGGGCUCGAAACAGCAUUGUUGUCAUCUGGAUCGUCUCCUGCAUCAUAAUGAUUCCUCAAGCCAUUGUCAUGGAGUGUAGCAGCAUGCUCCCUGGCCUAGCCAAUAAGACCACCCUCUUUACAGUAUGUGAUGAACACUGGGGCGGUGAAGUUUACCCAAAGAUGUACCAUAUCUGCUUCUUUCUGGUGACAUACAUGGCACCUCUGUGUCUUAUGGUAUUGGCUUAUCUCCAGAUAUUCCGUAAACUCUGGUGCCGACAGAUUCCCGGAACUUCUUCUGUGGUUCAGAGAAAAUGGAAGCAGCCGCAGCCGGUUUCUCAGCCCCGGGGCUCAGGACUGCAGAGCAAGGCCCGGAUAAGCACUGUUGCUGCUGAGAUAAAGCAGAUCCGAGCACGAAGGAAAACAGCCCGGAUGCUCAUGGUGGUACUUCUGGUCUUUGCAAUUUGCUAUCUACCAAUCAGCAUCCUCAAUGUGCUAAAGAGAGUAUUUGGGAUGUUCACACACACUGAAGACAGAGAGACUGUCUACGCUUGGUUCACUUUUUCACACUGGCUUGUAUAUGCCAAUAGUGCUGCAAAUCCAAUUAUUUACAAUUUUCUUAGUGGAAAAUUUCGAGAGGAAUUUAAAGCUGCCUUUUCUUGUUGUCUUGGGGUUCAUCAUCGCCAAGGAGAUCGCCUCGCCAGGGGAUGUACGAGCACAGAGAGCAGGAAGUCCCUGACCACGCAGAUCAGCAACUUUGAUAAUGUAUCAAAACUCUCAGAGCACGUGGUGCUCACCAGCAUAAGCACACUCCCAGAAGCCAACGGGGCAGGACCGCUUCAAAACUGGUAUCUACAACAGGGAGUACCAUCUUCACUCCUGUCCACCUGGCUGGAGGUCUGAGAGAAGAGGCCUGAGCAUCCGUAUGGAAUCUCACCCAUGUCUUCUCAAAGAGAUAACGGUUUACAAAACAAUUGCCACUGUGUUCUUAGUGUGACGUUAAAAAAGAUGGACUUUGAGGCACUUACGCGCUUUAUACAUGACCCGGAUGACUUGAGUUUUUAUUUACUAAAGUUUCUGUUUUGUGGAAGCCAUUCAUGUUCAAGAAUGAUUGUUGCCUGGAAGAAAACUGAUAAAUAAAAUGCGUACAUAAAUGAUGUGAUGAGGAUGGAAUCAUGAAGCGUAUAUAUACUUCUCACCAUUAGGACCCAUGAAUCCUGAGAGAUUUGGAUUAAAAACUAAAACAGGAGACCCCCAAACAUAGAAAUGGUGUUGGGGUGCUUAACUACUUACUUCAUUGUGUGCUAACAAUGCAAAUGAGAAGACUUCAUAGGAAAAUUUUCUUUUGGAACUGAGCUAUGCUGAACAUUGGACAUUGACCUACCUUUAUUCCCUUUGUAUUUCAAGCCUUCGAUGUGAGAUGUCAACAUCAUUAAUUUUGUUGCUAAUAAGGUGGUGUAAUAAUUUUGCCAAAUAUAUUUGAGAUGAAUGAAUUUUUAUAAUAUCAUGAAAGCCAGGUUUGUGUGAAAGAGAAAAAAAUAUGAGUUCUAAGUUUUCCACAAUGUGGAAUAAUUAAAUAGUUAUAAACUGUUGAUAAGUUCAGUGCAAAAGUGUUAGGCAUAGUAAUACCCAAUUUCACCUCAGUGUACAUUGAUUAAUCCAGGAAGAAUAAUUAUCUAUGUUUAUAAGUGACAAUCUGAAUGUGUCUAGAGUUGUUACUAAGCAUAACAGAAAUGAGGGCUACUAGCACUUUGAUACAAUGUAACAAUAUCAGGUUUGCAUUAGCUGUGAAUCAUAGCAGGAAUUAACUGCAUUUCAAGAAACAUGGCUAGUCCUUACAAUUAGAAACCUUUCAGUGAAACUUAACUUUGAACAGCUCGCUCUUCUACUUCAUGAUAUGGGCAAAAGCAUAAAUUCCAUUAGAUUCUUUUCAAAUAAUUUCCAUAUUGCUUGAAGCAAAACAAUGGGAUUUUAGGGUCAUUAUAUAAGUAGAAAAGCAUUCAUUUACAAUCCUUUUUAUUACUUUAUGCACAGAAGAAUACAACAGAAACAUGAAAAGCACUAUUCGUUCUCAAAGUUCAAAGGGAAUGCUUUUUACACUCUUCUGCUAUUGAAAAGGAAGAGAAAAGACUUCUCUAACUUGCCACGUAUUUCUAUUCUUUUAAAUUUUCUUUAUAGACUUUGGAGUUAUGAAAUAUGUUGUUGUUAUUGUAUCCAUGUAUGUCUGUAUCAGCAUGCCAGUUGCUCAAUAAUUAUUUAUUUAAAAUAAUUAUAUCUUUAUGCUUGAUUGUACUGUGUCUUCAUGAGAAUCUUUUUCAUAUAAAAAAUGUGAUUAUAUGUCUCCCAGUGUGAAGAUUGAAUUAUGUAAUUUUUAAGUAAAAUAUCUCUGAGAAGUUCAUAAUCACAUCCACGUUGUCCUGCUGUCCUAUGUGAAGAAUUAUGAUGUUGUUCAAUACAUAAAUUGGAUAUUUGCUCAUAAUUAUUGUCAAAUCUUUGCAGUUAAGGAUUAAAUUAACCCUGGUGCAGUACUUGAUGACCAAAAUAUUUUUCCAAUAAGUUUAUAUAACCAGGAAUAAUUAUGAUAUAAAAGAUAUUUAAUAUUAUUUCUAAGAGGAGGUACUAUUAUAAAGGUUAAUAUUAAACACACAGCUAAUUCAUAAAAGUUAUAUAAAACCACUCAUUUAUAGAAGUAAAAAUCAAAGCUUUUAUCUGAGUCAGAAUUUUCCUCUGCUUGUGACUUAGAAUAGUAACCCCCUUAGUUUACAAAUGAUUAUCAUAGUCUGCAAGUGUAUGAGUUAGCCUUCUCUAAAAUAUUAAACUUUUAAACUAUACCUUUAGUUGGCUCUUUUUGUUUUAUCAAGCUGAUUAUCAAGGACUUCAGAAUCUAGUGUAAAUAAUUUAAAUUCUUAAAAUCAGUUCUUAUUAGAACAUUUUAUUCUAUUUGCAAAGGUAAACAUUUGACCCAUAAGGAGG